AUAAUAAAUUCUAGUGUUACAAAGAUGGGUUUAAGAGCCGAAAAGAUAGUAAAUCUUGCUCUUUCUUUAGUUGAAAAUCAAGGUGAUUUAACUACUAUUUCUGAAAUGGCUGUAUGUUCAGCUUCAAAUUCUGAUUCGGAAGUUAUUUCUGCAAAGCCUGGAUGUUCAGCUCCAAGUCCUGCAGUAUCUACGUUUCUUGAUAUUUCUAACACUUAUGUUGUAGAAAAAGAGGGCCCAACAAAACUUAGAUUAAAAAAAUAUCCUAAAAAUAUUUACUGUGAUGAUGCGAGUCCAAAAAGUGAUUUUUCUGCAGGUUCAAGCGACAAUUACGAGCCCUCAAGCGAUGAAGAAUCGUCAAACUCAGAACCUGGACAAGUUGGUCAAAACUUACCUAACUUUUUAGAAACUACAGAAGGUGAAGAAAAUUCUCCAACUCCUAAGAAAGGCAAAAAAAGAUUAUGCAGAACUGAAAAUUGGACAAGCGUAAAAGCAAAAAGAUUGAAGAACAGCGGAAAAAGUUAUAAAUCUAGAACCGGAAAAGUGAUGCCGGCCAAAGUGAUGGGUCCACCUUGUCCAGAAAAAUGUAUACUUGGAUGUUCAAAAAAGGUUUCCGAAAAUGACAGAGCUCAGCUUUUUAAGGAAUAUUGGGAGAUGUCCUCAUUACAGAGGCAGCGAGAUUUCUUAGGUUUAUGUAUUGAACAACUUCAAGUUAAAUAUAGACGAAUCACCGCUGGAGAGCCUCGGAAGCCAAAUUGUGCCUUUUUUCUUGUAGUUAAUGGAAAUAAAAUUCGCGUAUGUAAAGCUUUUUUAAUUGGUACUCUUGGAAUAACGGAAAGAAAACUGCGAACAGUUAUCACAUCCAGAGUAUCAGGUAAUGGAAUUGUGGUUGAAGACAAAAGAGGAAAACAUGGCAAACAUAGAAAGGCGGACGAAGAAAUAGUAAAAUCUGUGCGGGAUCACAUCGAUGGUAUUCCAAGGACUGAGAGCCAUUACGUCCGGAAGGAGACUACACGGGAAUUUAUAGACGGAGGCCUCACUAUUGCUGAAUUACAUAGGCACUAUUCAAGCGGAAGAUCUUCUGUGUCCAAAACAGCUGCGACCUAUGACAUGUAUGCGAGAAUAUUCAAUACAGAAUAUAAUAUUGGAUUCUUUAUACCACGAAAAGACCAGUGUGACCUUUGUGAGGCGUAUAAAAAUUCAGUUGGUGAUGAUAAGCAAGUUUUUGAAAAUAAAUAUCAUGAACAUUUAGAAGAAAAAGAAUUAAGCAGAGCAGAAAAAGAUAAAGAUAAAGAAAGAGCCAAAAACAAAGAAGUUACGUUAGCCGUGUAUGAUCUACAGGCCGUAUUACCUGUUCCGACUGGACAAACAUCUGCUUUUUUUUAUAAAAGUCGCCUUAACUGUUACAAUUUCACCGUAUCAGAAAUUGGAAACGAUAAAUCUUAUUGUUUUUUUUGGCACGAGGGAUUAGGCUGCAGGGGUGUUACCGAAAUUGGAACAUGUGUGUUACUCUAUCUUCAAGAACUCGCACAAUUGAAGCCUGGUCUAGACGUGGUAUUUUACUCCGACAACUGUGGGGGGCAACAAAAGAAUAAGUAUUUUGUGAAAUGCACGAAUGCACUAGUAACUACUGUUUUUUAAACUUUAAUUUUAUUUUUAGAUUUAUGAUCGCAGCAUAUUUAUAUGCAGUGAGAGCGUAUAAUAUUAAUUCGAUUACUCACAAAUAUCUGGUUCGAGGUCACACACAGAACGAGGGCGACGUUGUACAUAGUAUUAUAGAAAAAAAUGUAAAAAGGGCCAAAAACUCGGGACCAAUUUAUGUUCCCGAGCAAUAUG